UUUUUUUUCUUUUUUGACUUCAUUAAAGAGUUCAUAUUAUAUGUCUAAUGGCCAGCGAUCAUGAAGAAGGCGGGGGAAAACGCCAGAGAGUAUCAAGAGCAUGUGAUUUGUGCAGACGAAAAAAGAUCAAAUGUGACGGAUCCAUACCGAUAUGUGGGAAUUGUAAAGCUUUUGCUUUAGAAUGUACUUAUAAAGAUACUACAAAGAAGGUAAUAUAAAACUAAUAUACAACCAUUUGAAAUUAAUCACAUAUUGUUAUU